UCAAAGAAGCUCAUUGUGGCCACUGAGAAGAAUGUCGUGGCCGCUCUGAACUCCAGGAGCGGUGAAAUCCUGUGGCGUCAUGUGGAUAAAGGAACUCCUGAGGGAGCAAUCGAUGCGAUGCUGAUCCAGGGGCAGGAUGCCAUCACUGUGUCCAAUGCUGGACGAAUUCUGCGUUCCUGGGAGACCAAUAUUGGAGGGUUGAACUGGGAGACAUCCCUGGACACCGGCAGUUUCCAGGCAGCUAGUUUGGUGGGGCUCCAGGACACGGUGAAAUACGUGGCAGUCCUGAAGAAGGCAGCCAUCUCUCUUCACUACCUUUCCAACGGGCACCAGAAGUGGGUGGAACAUUUACCAGAGAGUGAGAGUACUCAGUACCAGCAGUUGUAUUCCCGUGGGACUGGAGUGAUCCACGUGCUUGGAAUCGUUCCCCAGAGCCACUUGAACAUUUUAACGUUCAGUGUAGAAGAUGGAGAAAUUACAAAACAGAUCAAGGUAGCAGCCCCAUGGCUGAAGAGCUUGAACGGCGUCUGCAGCGUGGUGGGGGAGGCGGUGCUGGUGUGCGUGGACGCGGGUGCGCACUCGCUCUACGUUUGCUCCUUGGAGAUGGAGCAGGAGAUGAAACAGAUCCCGCUGCAGUCGCUUGAUCUGGAGUUCGCUGAUGGCUUCCAGCCCAAGAUACUGGCCACUCAGCCCAAUGCAGUCAGUGCUUCGCGGACUCAAUUCUUCCUGCAGCUGUCUCCGAGCCACUUCUCCCUGCUGCAGUACAAACACGGGCUGCUCAGUCACCUGCGGGACUUUCAGCAGGCAGCUCUAGUGAGUUUUGCAACGACUGGGGAGAAAACCGUGGCUGCUGUCCUGACCUGCAGGAGUGAACUGAAACCUGGAAGUUCGGAUGGCCUCCAUGCCAGAGGUACUCUGGAGGAUUCCCGGAAGCAGGAAUCCUUAACCUGUUCCAAUCAAACCUACAACAUCAAUCUCUACCUGGUUGAAACUGGCCAAAGACUGUUGGAUACCACGAUUACCUUUAACCUGGAGCAGAGCGGUGCCAAACCGCAGCAGCUCUAUAUCCAAGUUUUCCUGAAGAAGGAUGACUCUGUGGGCUAUCGAGCCUUGGUGCAGACAGAAGACCACAUGUUAAUGUUCCUCCAGCAGCCAGGAAAAGUUGUGUGGAGUCGAGAGGAGUCGCUGGCAGAGGUGGUGAGCUUGGAGAUGGUGGAUCUACCUCUGACGGGGGCACAGGCUGAGUUGGAAGGAGAAUUUGGAAAGAAAGCAGAUGGUUUGCUGGGGAUGUUUCUGAAGCGGCUGUCCUCCCAGCUUAUCCUGCUGCAAGCCUGGACCGCUCACCUUUGGAAGAUGUUCUAUGAUGCCAGGAAACCCAGGAGCCAGAUUAAAAAUGAGAUUAACAUCGACAAUUUGGCUAGAGAUGAAUUCAACCUCCAGAAAAUGAUGGUGAUGGUCACCGCUUCGGGAAAGCUUUUUGGUAUUGAAAGCAGUUCUGGCACCAUCCUGUGGAAGCAGUAUCUCCAGAAUGUGAGACCAGGCUCCUCCUUUAAGCUGAUGGUCCAAAGAACAACAGCCCAUUUCCCACACCCUCCUCAAUGCACCUUGCUUGUUAAGGACAAGGAAACCAAGAUGAGCUUUCUGUACGUCUUUAACCCCAUCUUUGGGAAGAGAAGUCAGGUAGCUCCUCCUGUUUUGAAGCGUCCGGUUCUUCAGACUUUGCUUCUGCCUAUAAUGGAUCAGGACUAUGCCAAAGUACUGCUCUUGAUCAAUGAUGAGUACAAGGUUACGGCUUUCCCAGCAACUAAAAAUGUCCUUCGCCAGUUAGAAGAAAUAGCCCAUUCUAUCUUCUUUUAUCUAGUGGAUGCAGAGCAGGGAAAGCUGUCUGGAUUUCGGCUGAAAAAGGACCUGUCAACGGAGGAGAUGUGGGAGGUGGCGAUACCCACCGAAGUACAGAAGAUAGUGGCCGUGAAAGGGAAGAGGUCCAAUGAGCACGUGCACUCCCAGGGCCGUGUGAUGGGAGACCGCAGCGUUCUCUACAAGUCCUUGAAUCCAAACCUGCUUGCUGUGGUGACAGAGAGCACAGACACGCAUCAUGAGCGCACUUUCAUUGGAAUAUAUCUGAUCGAUGGAGUCACAGGCAGGAUCAUCCACUCGUCAGUACAGAAGAAGGCUAAGGGACCCGUCCACAUUGUUCAUUCAGAGAACUGGGUGGUGUACCAAUACUGGAACACGAAGGCACGUCGGAACGAGUUCACCGUGCUGGAGCUGUACGAGGGCACGGAACAAUACAACGCCACAGCCUUCAGCUCCCUCGACCGCCCGAUUUUACCUCAGGUCCUCCAGCAAUCAUACAUCUUCCCAUCUGCCAUCAGUGCCAUGGAGGCCACCAUCACCGAGCGUGGCAUCACCAGCCGUCACCUGCUCGUUGGGCUUCCCUCUGGGGCCAUCCUCUCCCUUCCAAAGGCCCUGCUGGAUCCUCGCCGCCCAGAGAUCCCCACGGAGCAAAGCAGAGAAGAGAACCUGAUUCCAUACUCCCCUGACGUGCAGAUCCAUGCCGAGAGGUUUAUCAACUACAAUCAAACCAUAUCGCGAAUGAGAGGGAUUUAUACAGCCCCCUCUGGCCUGGAGUCAACUUGUUUGGUUGUUGCCUACGGCCUGGACAUCUACCAGACCCGAGUGUACCCAUCGAAGCAGUUUGAUGUCCUGAAAGACGACUAUGACUACGUGCUCAUCAGCAGCGUCCUCUUCGGGCUGGUUUUCGCUACCAUGAUCACAAAGAGACUCGCUUGA